AUGUGUAAGCUGGUGGGCGAGGGCGACGUCGCGGGCAUGAAAGCCUGGGUGAAAGCGGGCGGCGAUGUGAACCAAGAAUUUUUCGACAGUUUCGGCACACCGCAUCGCCUUUUGACGUUGGCGGCCACGGACGGAGACGCCGACAUGGUCCGCGUUCUACUCGCUCAAGGUGCAGAAAUCGACGGCCUUGAGGAGGGUCGCACGGCAUUGGCUACGGCCGUAGUCGCGUGCAUACAUCCGGCGUACGACACGACAGAAAUUGUCAAAGUCCUGAUUGAGGCGGGCGCGAGCGUUGACGAGAUAGUCCAUCAGCAUCCUUUUACACGUCGGGGCCAGGGUGAAAAGCCGCUGCUCUGCUCUGCUACUCAUCAGCCUGGGGUUCUGUGUGCCCUUCUGCGGGCGGGCGCGGACUCUCCGUCGCUCCACACGCGAGGGGGCGGCAACAUUGAAAAGUAUGUCAAGGAUGAAUUCGACGAUGCGAUAAAGUGGAUGACGUCGGGCGAGGGCGACGUUGACGCGCGCGCGGAAACUGCUAGGAAUUUAGAAAAGUCGGGGCACAUCCUCGCGGCCGUGCGCACCGGAGGGUCAUACACUCAUAGCCGCAGUGGCACGCAGUACGUCAUCGACGGCAUCGUCCAGGACGUCUAG